AAGCAUAUGUUUUGUAGAAUUGAGGGAAGAAAAUUUCAGGAUUUUAUUUGUGCGCGAUGUGGCAGUGACUUUAUUGAAGAAUUUCCUGCAGAUAGCAGUCCGUUUGUCUCACCUAUUGGAAUGAUAUUUGGUCAAAUGGUGACGGACGAUGGUCACGGGCAUACAGAUGCGGCUUCUUCCGCUGCUGCUGGUGGAAAUUUACCGAAUCCGAAUGAGCAUCGCCAUGAACCGGCUUCAUCGUUUCGAAUUAUGCAUGCCUCAUCUCCUGGAGGCGCCGAUGACGACAAUAUUGUAUUGCUUUUUCUAAACCAGUUGUUAUCAAAUCUUUCUGCGCAAGGUGCACAAAUACAGCUACAAAUAAGCCGUGAUCCAAUCACCCAGACAAAUAUUCUUCAUGGACCAAUGGCUGACUAUGUGUGGGGUGAAGGUGGCUUGGACCAAAUUGUGACGCAGCUGCUGAAUCAGUUUGAGGGCGGCUCAACUCCGGUUGAUGCGAAACUGCUACCCAAUUUGCCGAUGACAUCAGUGGAACAGAAACAUGUGGACGGUUCGGUACAAUGUACCACAUGCAUGGAAAUUUUCAAAAAGGACGAACCAGUAGCGAUCCUAGACUGUCAACACAUCUUCCACAAAGACUGCAUAUUGCCGUGGCUAAGGCGGCACAAUACUUGUCCUAUCUGUAGACAAGCAGUGGACGCAACAAGCUGGCCGAGUUGUAAUCCUCUUGACGAACUGGACUGA